AUGCGUCGCAUACAUACAUUAGUACUCAUCGUCGUCAUGGCCGGAGGUGCCAUGGCCACACAGCUCCUGGCGCAGAUUUCCACCGUGGCGGUGGGCGAGGAGGUGCUGUUCACCGACAUCAGCGCAGACAAUGAGGAGGCAUGGUACACCAUCACGGCCACCCCCAGCGGCGAUGGAGCGCUGGGCCUGUACUGUAGCAGCGCCGCCGCGGUGGUCUCCCCCUCUGCCGCAGCCUCCCAGUACUACUCAACCCGCGGUGCCAACUACGCACAGCAGGUGGUCAUCUCCCCCAACUCAGCCCACUACUGGCCCGACACGCUGAGCACGCCCAACUUCACCUGCUCCGUGGCCAACGAGAACCUGUCGGGGGGCGCCAUCGCCUUCACCCUCACCGUGGACGCCGCGCUCAACGCCACCCAGAUUACCAACGAUCAGCAGGACGCCGCGCAGAGCCUGUUUGACGCCUGCUGCGGCGGGACCUCGGCCUGCCCGGCCUGGAAGGCCGCGGCCACGCGCUCUGGGGCUGCCGCCCUGCUGGACCUGUGCCUUAUGGACGGCAGCAUCUGCGAUUCCAGCGGGAACCUGGUCCAGCUCAAUCUAGAGGGCGAGGCCCUUCUGUGCCCCUUCCCCGGGGAGACCCUGGCCAAGUUUCAGAAGCUGCAGUUUCUGUACCUGGGCUCCAACUCGCUGACGGGUGACAUCGGCAACAUCGCCACCGCCCUGCUGAGCCUCGUGUCGUUGCACGAGCUGCGCUUGAAUGCCAACACCGGGAUCACGGGGACACUGACCUCCGACAUGUGCGUGCUGGCCAGCAGCGGCCUGACCCUCCUGGACCUGGCGCGCACGGGCAUCUCCGGCUCCCUCCCGGGCUGCCUCUUUGGCGCCGACUCGGGGCUGCUGUACCUGGCGGCGGGGUCCACGGGGCUCAGCGGGACCCUGCCGGACACCUUUUCGGCGGCCAGCACGCUGUGGCAGCUGAAGCUGGGAGUGGCCCAGCUGAGUGGCAGCAUGCCCUCCGGUUUAGGCCUGCUCCCCGCCCUGCAGAGCCUGGUGCUGGCCAACAACUCGCUGACCGGCACCAUUCCGGCCUUUGCCUCCGAGCAGCUGCAGUCGCUCAGCCUAGCCCACAACCGGCUGACGGGCGGCGUGCCGGCUGCGCUCGCCGGGCACACGCGCCUGGUCCAGCUGGUGCUGACGGGCAACGCGCUGACGGACCUGCCGGACGCCUGGGGCGAGGAGGGCGAGGCCGAGGCCGCGGCCGCCGCACCUCUGGCCGCGCUCAGCCUGGGCGGCAACGCCCUCGCCGGCUCCUUCCCCGUCGGGCUGGCCGCCUACCCCGCGCUGGCCUCCCUGGACCUCAGCGGCAACAAGCUGACAGGGGAGCUGCCCUCCGCCGGCACCACGUUUUUCCCCAGCCUGCGCUAUCUGUUUGCGGGCGGGAACGCGCUGGAGGGCAGCAUCGGGAACGCCUUGCAGGAGUCAGGCAUCUUUAACCUGGCGCCCUUGGACGCCAAUGUGCCCGCCACCUGGAACACCAUCUCCCUCGCGAACAACAAGCUGACGGGGGACAUCCCGACCUACAUGGCGUCAGCGGAGCUGGACUACCCCACCAACAUCCUCCUCUCCGUGAGUCGGCCGCGGCAUGUGGCGGGCAGGGCUCCCUCCCUCAGCAUGUUCACCUGGCUGUGUACUAGCCAUCGCAGCCUUUACUUGUUUGCCUCCGCAUGCCAGAGAUGGUACAUUGCCAAGAACACCAUCAGAAAUUCAGAAGCCUUGGCUCUGGAUCAGGCCAGACUUCAUCCUCCCCACGACCCCACCACACAGGGCAACUCCUUCUCCAAUGGCUGCGACACGGCCUUCAGCAAUCUGGCCAGCGUCUGCACCAGCUCCUCGCCGCCGCCCCCUCCCUCGCCAUCCCCGCCUCCGAGCCCCGGGAACGAGGAGGCAGGCGGGUUGUCCAAGAACCAGAAGGUGGGCAUCGCCAUCGGCGUCUUCCUGCUGGCCAUCGUGGGGGUGGUGGUCUGCGUGUGGCUGGCUCGGCGCAGGCGCCACGGCACGGCCCCCGGCUUCUCCGGCCUGGGAGGCAACCGCUUCGAGCGCUUCGACGAUGAGCUGGACGCCGAUCACGCCUUUGGCAGCCGCCCCGGCGGCCAGCAUCGCGGGGUGGAGCUGGGGCCGCGGGGCGGCGGCGGCGCCUACGGUAGCUCCCUGUCGCCAUCCCUGGGCCCCGGCCAGGCGUCGCCGUUCAUGAAGGACGCCGAGGUGGGGUUGGGGGGGACCUCCCUCCCCAUCUCGCCGCGGGAGGAUGGCACGGUCCAGGUCCACGCACUGGAGGCCGGCCACCAGAACGGCGCGACACGGGACCCCUUUGUCGGUCCGCCCCUGCAGCGGUGA